AUGACUUGGGCUCAGCUUAAAGAAGCCUUCUUUGAAAAAUACUUUUCCCAAUGUGUCCGAGAUCGCCAGGUAACUGAAUUUGAACAGUUGAAGCAGGGCACCAUGUCAGUAGUAAAGUAUGAAUCUAAGUUCACUGAACUCGCCCGUUAUGCACCGCACAUGGUUGAUACUAAUUAUAGAAAGGCCAGAAAGUUUGAAAGUGGGCUUAAUGUAGAGAUGCUGGAUCGAAUCAAUGUUUUGAAAUUACUUAAAUAUGUGGAUGUCCUUGACCGAGCAAUUAUAGCCGAGGCAAAUGUCACUGCAUUGCAACAGACUAAGACACCGGUGACCGAAUGGCGGGUGAAUAUUGAUGAAUUUGUUCAUUCUUGUUCAUUCAUGAAUAUUGAUGAAUCUGGAAAAUCCCAACCGAAAGGGAAGGAGGGAAGGAAGGAAGAGAGAAAACAGUUAAUUUUGGGUGACUUGGCAGAUUUGGCAGCUGCCAAAAUGAAGCAAAACAUGAUGCAUAAUGAGAGUGUGAAAACAUUCGAAGACAUAUCGCGUCAUUUGGAGCUAAAGGCUGAGCGUCUUGAGGCUGCUAAGUUUGAUGGUUCUGCUAUGGUGGUUGAGUCGAGCUCACACAAGAGCAUUAAGGCUCUAAGGACUGACCGAGGACGUGAGUAUCUGUUUGAGCAAUUUAAAGUGUUCUGUGAGGAAAAAAGAGUUAUCAGGCAAUUGACAAUUCCUAGGACUCCGCAGCAAAAUGGUGUAGCAGAGAGAAGGAAUCGCACAUUGCUUGACAUGGCUAGAUCAAUGAUGGCGCAAGCUAAUCUUCCCGUUUCUUAUUGGAGAGAUGCUUUGUUGACUGCUGCCCAUGUCCUUAACCGUGUGCCCUCCAAAUCAGUUCUUUCCACCCCAUAUGAGAUGUGGACUGGCAAAAAGCCUGAUUUGGAGGAGGAUUUCCCUAGCAAAGGUGAGGUAACUAGAGAAGUAGAACUCUAUGAGAUGGAGGAUCUACUUGAAGGCGCACCUAAUAAAGAAUGA